AUGACGGCGGCGAUUGCCACGCUGGAUGAGGAGCAUCAGCAGAUUUCAAGCCAAGACAAAUCCGACUCCAAUAACUAUGUGCUGGGUCGAAUUCACAAACACAACGUGGUCAUUGCCUGCCUGCCCGCUGGCGUGUACGGGACGAACGCAGCCGCCCGUGUGGCCAAUGACAUGCUGGGGACAUUCACGGGACUGCGGUUUGGACUGAUGGUGGGGAUUGGAGGCGGCAUCCCCAACCUGUCCAAGGACCUGGACAUCCGUCUCGGAGACGUGGUGAUGAGCCAGCCUGACAAAACCUUCGGCGGCUUGAGCAAGUGCAAGUACCACUGUAAUUGGGAUGAUAACAUAGGUCCGGCGGUCAUUACUGAUCCUGUCACUGGGCGACGACAAUUGAGCGAACAGUUUGAAAAACAUAUUUGCAUCUAUCAAAAUUGGACUGUUGGCAAAAGCAUUCUUGAGACCUGGCCAGACUUGUCCGGAGAGAUCACAUUGGACAUGACAGCAUAA